CGUACGGGCCAGUAACAUUUUUUAUGAUAUAUAAUAAAUACUUUAUUUGUUAUUUUCUAUUUAUUCUUUCGCUAACCACUGUCCUUCUUUUUCAUUUCUUACAUUCAGCCUCAUACUUAAAGUGGCCAACAUGAUAACCUAUCGGAUAGGAAUGAAUAGAAAACCCGCCCUGGGGUUUAUGCCUCCUGUCGGCUUCCGUACUGCGCCGAUUCAUACCGCCCCUCUUUACUUUUGACCUUCCGCGAUCCGUAGGGAGGUUCUGUCACAGAGACACGUGACUGGCUCUCCAUCUGGAGCUGCGGCCACACGGUGACUACACUGAUCGGAGAAAACCGGCCUAGAGGUGACCGGAGCGUCGUCACAGCAACCGGGGAAAAAAAAAAAAAAAAAGAUGGCGGCACUGGGCUGCCCGGGCAACAUGGCGGCGGUAGUGGGCGCUAUGGAACCGAUAGAAGAGUACGUACAAGUGAUGGUCGGGGAGGACGGUGAUCCCAGCCAGGUGGUCGUGCUGCAGGGGGAAGGCGGAGAGCUGCUGAGGCCGGUGCAGGAGCUGAGCCCGGAGCUUCUACAGAGCAUCUCCCCGACCGACACCGUCUACUAUGUGCAGCCUGACGGGAGCCUGGUGCCCGGGGGCCGCCUGGGGGAGGUGCAGACUGGAGGCCACCUGGUGAGCGGAGGAGUGGAGGCUGCCCACCUGGUGAGCGGAGGAGUGGAGGCUGCCCACCUGGUGAGCGGAGGAGUGGAGGCUGCCCACCUGGUGAGCGGAGGAGUGGAGGCUGCCCACCUGGUGAGCGGAGGAGUGGAGGCUGCCCACCUGGUGAGCGGAGGAGUGGAGGCUGCCCACCUGGUGAGCGGAGGAGUGGAGGCUGCCCACCUGGUGAGCGGAGGAGUGGAGGCUGCCCACCUGGUGAGCGGAGGAGUGGAGGCUGCCCACCUGGUGAGCGGAGGAGUGGAGGCUGCCCACCUGGUGAGCGGAGGAGUGGAGGCUGCCCACCUGGUGAGCGGAGGACAUGGAAUGGAGGCUGCCCACAUGGUGAAUGAAGUGGAGGCUGCCCAUCAGGUGACUGGAGGCCAGGGAAUGGAGGCUGCCCACCUGGUGACUGCAGAAGUGGAAGCUGCCCACCUGGUGAGUGGAGGAGUGGAGGCUGCCCACAUGGUGACUGGAGGCCAUGUGGAUGAGGUUGCCCAGCUGGUGACUGGAGGCCAUGGAGUGGAGGCUGCCCAUCAGGUGACUGGAGGUUAUGUGGAUGAGGCUGCCCAUCAGGUGACUGGAGGUUAUGUGGAUGAAGCUGCCCAUCAGGUGACUGGAGGCCCUGGGGAUGUGGCUGAGGACAGUGAAGGCCAAGGAAUGGAGGCUGCAGUGAACCUGGUAACUAGGGUGGAGGAGGCCGUCCACCCCGGGUUGAUCCUGCUAUCGGGAGAGCACCCUGGGGUGAACCUGGUCACCGAAGACCACAUGCUGGAGGUUGUUGAGUCUGAAAUGAGCCUUGUAAAUGGAGGCCAAAUAGAAGAAUCUGUCCAAAAUGGAGGCCAGGAGGAUGAUCCGGUGGAGGAGGACAUGGUAACUGCCUUAAACCUCACCAAGGAGACUGCCCGCCGGACCCAAGAGACUGCAAGCCCUGAGGGCACUGUACACAACCAGUCAUUGCCAGCUGUUUCCUCCAGACUGCCUGCAUAUACUGCUGGGGUCACCAUGCUGAAAGAUGCGGCGCAGCAGCUGAAGUCGGUCGCCCACCAAGUGACCCUGAGAGAGGCGGAGUCACUGCCCAGAGUCCUCACCCAUAAGGAGCUGAAAUCCAUCCACAUCCAAGUCCCGAGCCUCCAGACCAAGAAAAGUGCGGAGCCGGUGGUGCUGAACCUCAGUACGGUGCACUUGAAGAACGCCAGUCCCAGUCUUCUGGGUGCGCAGGUCGUGCAGAUCAAGUCUUUAAGCGAAUCGCGUCCGCCGCUGGUGGUGAACUCGUCUUCCCUGGAUUCGCCCGUCCAGAUCUUUGUUCGGCAGGCUCAGCUGUCCGCGAGGAACCCCGGGACUCCAGACCCAAAUAAUAACAGAUCCUACGUUGCUCACCCCCAGAACGGUGCUCAUGUAACCUCCGACCAUGGACAGAAAAAGGGUCACAAACGCAAAAAGGCCAUAAAGGUUAAGACCCGCUCCGGGCGGAUAUCCCGACCUCCGAAACACAAAGCAAAAGAUUACAAAUUCCUAAAAGUGGGCGACAUGAUUCAAGGCAGCACUUCGGAUUCAGAAGAUUUCUCGGAGCAGAGCUCGGAAGAGGAAGAAAAGGGCGUGAAGGAGAAAGCGCCAUGUGACCUGCCGCUGUACACUGUGAAGAACUCGCUGUUUCAGUGUCAGACGUGUGAGAAGUCAUAUAUGGGGAAAGGAGGGUUAUCCCGCCACUACAGACUGUACCCCAGUCACGGGCAGAUGGAGCCUCCGUUUGUUUCUGAUGACAAGAAAAACGGAGAGUCUGGUGUUGGGCAUGUGGUGCCCAGUGUGCCAAAGAAACCGACCCCUAGACCCAGGAAAAGGCUGUUAGAGGACCCCCUGAACCCCGACAACUCCAGUCUUCCAAACCUGGCAAAAGAUGGUCUGGAGUUUGCAUCACCCACAUGUCAGGGGCGGCAGCAGGUGACUGGCAGGAGAUUUGGAUACCCACGUAAAGUGUUGGCCAAGGCACCCUCUGAACAGAAUGCACUGACAGCAAAAGAACUUAUUCAGCAAUGUGAGGAUGCAGAUAUAAAGGAACAUGUUGCGCCAUGUUUAUCUGCGCGGCUUUCAGUCUAUGACUUCUUGGUUGUGAAGGUCAAACAAGACCACCCAGACGCACCUUUGUUUCCGCACCUGUAUAAGGAACUGGAGAAUCUGCAUAACAGGGUCCGAAUCUUGGCGCAGGAGUAUUUGAGUAAUGGCGGAGCGGGAAAGACUCUAGAAGUAGCCGAUUGUAAGGUGGCAGCAUCCCUGGGCAUUUCAGCAGAAAGGAUACAUGUAUUUUCCCCGGAUAUAUCUUCUAUAAAAGAAGAGAAAAUACAGUCUGCAGAUAAGUGUUCAGGAGAGGAGCUGACGCCACCAGCAAAACGACUAAAAGUAGAUGAUCAGGAAAGCUUGAGCCCGACCAAAGAUGUCACCACAGGGGGCGCUCCAGACCUCAAGGAAGAGGAACAAAGGACAGAUCCUGCCUCCGCGGCUGAUUGGCCCUGUAAAAACGACACAAGUUCUAAUGAUACAAUUAAUUGUACUGAACAAGUCCUCGAAAUCUCGCACCCGAAUGUACUAGAGGAAGAGGCAGAGAACCUACAUACUGGCGCCCAUCUAGAGUCUGCCCCGUGUGAAGAAAGCCUCAUGGAAACCUCCCCGGCCCUAAUCGGAGCGAGUAAUUGCGCGCAGAUUUCCAGCGAACUUCCAGAAGAAAGGUCAGGUGACGCAAUUCAGACUCGGGUCGUGCAGGGGGACACAGAUUCAGAGGAGGUUUUACCGGGAAACCAUGCUGGUCAGCCUCCAUGUCCACAGCCUUGUGCCGCUGACUCCACCCUCCCUUCUGAGGCUCCUCCCACUCUUUCAGAUAAGACAUGCAGCGAAGGCUUCCAAGGUGUCGACACCUUCGUUUCCCGAGAAAUCAUUGCCAGUGACCAGUGCACGCAGGCUUUUGACUUUCACCACGGACAGGACCUGGUGUUCGUUCACAGCUCGGAGGAGGGCGCCAUGACGGACGAGGCGGUUGUGAUAUAUGACUGUGCGGAGACUCUGGCUGACGCCCACAUGGACACGGAGGUGGGACUGGUGGAAAUGAGCCAAAUCUAAUUCAUCUCACACUGAGGUGAAUACAGUUCUGGUUUCUAUACAGGUGCUUUUUGUUUUUUUUAUAUAAUAUAUAAAAUAAACAUAGGAAAAGUCCUAUAUAUAUUCUUCUAAAUUAACUUAUUUGUAAAUUGUUUAUAUAAGAGUUUUUUUUUAUUUUGUAUUAAGCAGCAAUUUUCUUGAAGAGCAGGUUUUGCCUUUGCACUAUUGUCCUGUGACUGUAUCCGUUCUUCCGUAAUCGCACCGGACGACAGAUUGAGACCGGAGAAGGGGUAACUUGAUAUCCAAAGGUGGGGAAAUCAGCCAUUUUAGCUUGGAUAGAGCGGUGCUGUAGUUCCCCCUGCAUAGUGGUGGGGCCCUAUUGGCUGGGAAAUACUGUGAAGGGGCCACAGCAAACAAUCUAUGCAGCUCUUAAUUCAGUGUUUCCUAACCAGGGUGCC